CCUGCAAUCUAUACUGAAUGACAGAAGAUACAUCCUGUAUGAUUUUCCGGAUUUUCCACUCCAACUGAUUCGUUCUAUGGAAAUAUUAUCCUAACUCAAGUUUAUUGAAUCCUACUAAAUUUUAUCGGUGAAUAUCUGUCGCAAUGUCGAGAAACACAGGAGAUCAUCGCAAGGUGGAAAGGAUUCUACAAUGGACUGUUGUUCAAGGAUGGCCUUACGUGCUUAUAAAAUGGAAAGACUGCGAUGACUCGGAGAAUUCAUGGGUGCCAGCGGAGAGAGUAACCGGUUCUAUGAAUUACUUCCAGACAAGCAGCACCGCGAGUAGGAGGAAGCGGACAACAGAGAAAAAGCGAUCAGGAAUUGUUGAGAAAGUAGAAGACACUCAUGAACAUUUGUCAGCCAAUCCGGGAACUAGUUAUCGGAUGAAUGACCGCUUGGUUUUAGAUGGGCUUGAGGAGGCGAUGGCAAACGAACAAAAAAGUGACGAUGAUGAGAGAAAUACUGACACUGUUGAGGAAAGUACCGACACCGGAAGUGAAAUGGAAGAAGCAUGUGCAAUUGUACCUUUUAAUCCGUAUACGACACAGCGGGAAAAUGAAGGCUUCGCAUUACAUGGGUUCCAAAAAGGCUACAGAGCAAAGAGGAUAGAACGCCUCGUGGAGGAAAAUGGCGACAUUUAUCUCCUGAUUAAAUGGAAGGGUAUAGAAGCACCGGAAUGGGUGUCAUCGGCAAUUGCCCGAUGGCACAUUACUGAUAUGUUGAUAGAUUAUUACGAACAGCUUAUUAUGUGGCGUGGUAAGGUAUAGGAAUAGAGUGUAUAUUUGACGUCUAAUUCAUAAGAUACUAACUCAAAUGCUGACGAAAAAUGAAGUUUUUUUAUACAACGACGUUCAAAACCGGUCAAAUUAAUGAUAAUGUUGACAACAAAAUUUCACUAUCCAAUAACCAGUUAAUAUAGAUUGCACAUUCAUUUAUUCUACAGCUCUAUGCCAAAGUGCAAUUACAAAUCCAUUCAAGUUUCAUUUAUAGCGAAUU